GUGUCUCUUUACAAUAAGGUAUCAUUAGUUAGCAUUAGUAAAUGCUGAUUAAGUGAGGAAUAAUUGACGAUGGGCGGCGUGGUUGUUAGACCUCGCGUGUGCAUUAUUUUUCUAAUAAUUUAACGGCCCGGAGUCAGUUAUUCCGCUUAUACUAUGGUUACCACACCUCAAGACAUCAGUCAGAUUAUAUAUUUAAAGGGAUUUGUCUGUUGUGCUAUUGGGAGUAGGAUUAUUUCUUCCGCGUCUCAUCCAACUGCUCUUUUGCUGGUUCCAAAACUCAUUUUAAAGCUGGUUAUGGAGGCUUGUGCCGUUGAUAGCAUUCUAAUGCAGUUAUUAAUGAAGUUAUUAGAAAGAGAGCAAGAGAGAUAGACGCACAGAGAAAGAAAGAGAGGGAGAGAGAGCUUGUGUGAAUUAGGCUGCAACAGUGUUUCUUUUUACCUCACUAGUGAGUAAUACAUUUUUUUGUACUUUUUUCUCAUGCCAGCUUAAAGGUACAACAACAAACAUCUCAGUUUAAUUGCAUCAAAUUGUUUUGAUUAUAUAUUCUAUUAUUUAUAUUAUAUAUCAUGUUCUAAGUUACAUAAAAGGUCUAAUAAAUUAGACAGCACUUUAAAAUGACAAGUUGCAACUGCAUGAUUUUGUGUGUACACUGUAGGGGUCUUGUGCUGUAUAAAGGAUGUUUUUGCUCAGAUUAGUGGACUGUGUACCAAAUUAAGAGGUUUUGCUUAGAAAUAAAAGGCAAUAAUAGGUAAUAUUAAGUUCAAUGUGAAUUGUGAAUUGUUAAUUGUUUAAAAUAAGUUAAAAUGUUUUUUGUUUGUUUUUUGGUAUUGUGUACAGUUGAUGUCAAUCGACAUGUUCAUUUUAUUAAAACACUUUUAUCUCUUUUUGUGUGUGUGUGUGUUCUGCUAAUGAAUGCAACACUGUAAAAGUCAUCUGCUUAAUAGAAAAUGUACAUUUAUUUGAUGAUUUCGGAACCUUAAUUUUUGCCCCAGUCGCAAAAAUUUAAGAGAUUGCUGAUGUCAUACUGUACGUGACGUUUUACCCCACAAGCAUGACCAUUGUUUUAAAUAGUAACUUAGUUUUAAGUCUGUCUUAGCUGUUUGUAUGCUUGUGAAUGGUUUGGUUUAUGCUAAAACAUUUAUCCAAGGAUCUAUAUUUGAAGAGCUGUUAAUUUCGACUUAAAGCCAGUUCGACUUAUCUUGCUUUAAGAUUGAGUUUGUUUGGAUAAGUAUGCUUUGAUAAAGGUUAGGUUCUUCAGGUUUGGACUACUGGAACUACUGAUUUUAAAGAAUCAGAAUUCUUUCCUUGCCUCCCCCCCCCUAACUUUCAUAACCUAAAAUGACAAAAACCCUGAUCAUAGGGUUUGUCCUCCCGUUUUAUCUGUCCUCUCUAAAAAGGCAUUUUGUGGAAGUGUGGCACAACAAUGAAGAUGUCUUUUUUUACAUACAAACUUAUUGUGUGUAGAUUUCUGGAUCUGGCCCCCCUCUGACACACAACUACCCAUCUAACCCUUUGCUGUCUCUCUCACACAGAGACACACGCAAUGCUUUUAACAUAAUUCAGCCCAUUGUUUGUAUCUGAACCAGACCCCCAUCCCCCAGUCAAAUAAACAAAGAAGCAAAAGCUGCUGUAUUCCCUAAGCGAGCCAGGUGUUUUCCACUGCCAGCCUGCUCCCUAAUGACUAAGGCCUCGUGCUGCAGCUGCCUGCUAAGGCCUCUUUUGUGUGGCUCCAUUGUUGACUGCGCACCCCUCGUCUAUUCAUGAACCGCAUGGGGGAAGACCUUUUGGACAGCCACUAGCUUAUCCCCACACUCCCUUAGAAUAUCAAAUGUGUGUGUGCAUCAGAGAAAUCGAGUGAGAGUGUGUUUCAGUAUUUACACUCAAUUGUGAGCACUUUGCACUCUUAUUGGUCCAUGCACAGCUACUGGCCUAUCGGGAAUGGUAGACAUUGUAGCUCCAUCUGGUCAAGAUCUCAUUGUCUUCUGACGGAACACAAUCUAUGGCACAGAGUAUUACUUCUUCAAGCUUGGAUUUAACUACUUUAACUUCUACUUGGUUUCUGCUUCUUGGUUUUGAGUUGUAGUAAAACAAGGAAAAUAUAUAUUUUGUGUUAGCCAGUGCUGAACUGAGAAGAGGUAUUUUAAUUAACCACAAGAACUUUUGGGUUGGAUAUUCCAGGAUUUAUGGUGACGAGGUCUUCGGAGGGAAUCUGUCUAUUGGGCUCAUCUAGUUGACAUGGUCUUCACUGACAUUCAGAGCAGUUUACCUACGAAAGGCAAUCUGAGGGCUGAAUAACAGGUGGCAGGGGUCAGCAAGACUCUCAGUCAGAACAGCGUUGGAUGUUUGUUGCAGAUUCAUGGGCCUGAAAGACCAUCUGGAUGAUGGAACAGGCCACAUCCUCGAACUGGGGCUGGAUCUAGACUACCUUGAUGUCAAGGCUACAGACCAGCACACUGGCGCAGACGCUGGACUUAUCAUGGACAGUGGUUUAUCUGACAUGGGUGACAUUGUGCCCCCCUGCACUAGAAGCUGCGGUUCUUCUCCACAAGAUAACUCAGAGGAAAGUGCAGCGUCAGACAGUGAGCCUGCACAUAGCCACAGUCAUCCUCUUGUUGAUAUGCUUGGUGAAGGGUCCAUCCAUUCAGUCCACCCACCACACUCUAAGUCUCCAUGUCUGGAUAUGGAUUCACUAGUUGUGGAUAUAGUACACCAAGAGCCAGGCCCUGUGAAUACACUCAGGGAAUACCAGACAAAGAUGGAGUUUGCCCUUAAACUUGGCUAUGCAGAAGACUUAGUUCGGCUGGUUCUAAACAAGCUCGGGUCAGAUGCACUGAUCAAUGAUGUUCUUGGGGAGCUGGUAAAACUGGGCAGUAAGCCAGAGAAUGAGGGUGGGACACAGAAUCUCUCCCAAUCCACUUCCACAUCAUCAUCAUCAUCAUCCUCUGGCACAUCUUUCGACAGUUUCUCUGACUUACUUGACUCUCGCCAGUCAGAGUCUCCCUUUGUGGAAGAUAAGGAUAACUUCCGCCCGAUUGUUAUUGAUGGCAGCAAUGUGGCCAUGAGCCAUGGCAAUAAGGAGAUGUUCUCCUGUCAAGGCAUUCAGCUCGCAGUUGACUGGUUUCUUGAACGUGGCCAUCGAGACAUAACCGUUUUUGUUCCGGCCUGGAGGAAAGAACAGUCCCGUCCUGAUGCUCUUAUCACAGAUCAGGAGAUUUUGAGACGUCUGGAAAAGGAUAAGAUUCUUGUAUUUACACCAUCACGUCGUGUCCAGGGCCGCAGAGUAGUCUGCUAUGAUGACAGGUUUAUUGUUAAGCUAGCUUAUGAAUCAGAUGGCAUUAUUGUCUCCAAUGACAACUACAGAGACUUGGCUGUUGAGAAACCGGAAUGGAAAAAAUUUAUUGAUGAACGCCUUCUGAUGUACUCCUUUGUAAAUGAUAAGUUUAUGCCUCCUGAUGAUCCUUUGGGUCGACAUGGGCCAAGUCUGGAGAAUUUUCUUAGAAAAAGACCCAUCAUUCCAGAGCAUAAGAAACAGCCCUGUCCAUAUGGAAAGAAAUGUACCUACGGGCAUAAGUGUAAGUUUUACCAUCCAGAGCGUGGUACACAGCCACAGCGAGCGGUAGCAGAUGAGCUCCGUGCCAGUGCCAAGAACUCCACAGUUAAAAGUGUGGGAGAGACAGGUCUCGUGAAAAGCCACAGUGAGCCUGGAGGCUUCCAUAAUGAUAAAGCUUGUGACGGUAAACGAUCUCUGCCAAAGAGGCAACUGGACCCCAGUAUCCGUGCCCACUCUUACAGUGAUGUGGAAGAUAAACUGUGCUCCAAAACUAAAGCAGACCUGUAUAAGAGCAACCUAGCUCUUCCUCCAGCUCCAGGAGGUCCUCCUUCCUGUCAUGGGUAUAGCCACGACCUGAAAGAUCACAAGCAGAUUCAAGCAGAACCACACGCAAACUGUGAAUCUCCCGAUCUGUAUUACUCCAUGGUUAGGGCAUAUUCUGGUCUAAGCCUGCCCUCUCAGAACAGUCCAGAUCGUCACUUCCUGUCUGAUGCUGAUCCACGGACAAGCUCAGUGGCAUCAGAUUGCAGCAGUGAUGGCAGCAUGAGCUCCGAUUCUUAUGGCAUGGCAACCCACAAUGAGCAUUCUUGCAUGAGUUCUUCUGAUUUGCUACUGGAUGAAGGAAUCAAGUGUCCUCACCACCAACAUCAUCGUAGAAAUUAUCAGUUACCCUCUGUUAUUCCUCCAGGGUUCAUUCUCUCUCCUGCUACAUCUAAUCACCCAGGAUUCCACCACAGUAUACCUCAUGUUCAUAGUUUUGCUCCAGAAGACCAGCAAGACCCCCAUUUCCACCACUCUGUCUCCUACAGCAAGCAUCAAGUGAUAGGCUCCCGCUCAAGCUAUCCUGGAGACUAUCCUCCUCUCUUCCAGAACAACACUCACUCCCAGAACUCUCCUCUGGGUCGUGGCCUUGCUUCAACACUUGUGGACAGCAUGUCAGACUCUUAUGAACACUCUCCACUGCUUCCUAAAAAACCCUAUGUAUCCCAAGAGCGAAAGACCAGCUGGGGUACAUAUUACAGACAGCACUCACAACAAUGCUACGAGCCCAUCGGUUUCCAGGGUCUUUCAAAGAAUCGUGAACAGAUGUGGAGGAUGCCCUGGGGCUGUCCUUCUGCUCCUCCACCCCACCAUCUGCCCCAUGCUUUAUCACACCAGCACCAGGAGCCACUUGCCUUGAGUCGUUACCAGGAAGCACGAGAGAAAGUGUUUACCAACCUGUGCAACAUUUUUCCCACAGAGCUAGUGCAGUUGGUCAUGGGGCGGUACCCUCAUGUGACUGACGCCCAACAGCUGGCAGCAGCCAUUUUGGCAGAAAAGAACUAUGCUGGAUACUAAGCACUGAGGGAAAUGAAAAUACUCUCAUCAUUUACUCACACAUUUACUCUCACACAUCAUUUACUCUCACAUUUUCACAAAUGUGUGAGUUUCUUUCUUCAGAUGAACACAAACAGAGAAUUAUUAUGAUUUUUAUUACUAUUAUUUUUUUAUAUAAAUCUCUGGGGAGACCAUAAAUACACUCACCUAAAGGAUUAUUAGGA